AUGGUGCACAAGUUACUUGGUUUUGCCGCCGGGCUACUCGCGUUGAGCUCCGCUGCCAAUGCCCAUGGGUCGCAUUCAGAAGACAAAGCUCCCUCCGAUGAUUGGGCCACGAGACACAUGAUGGAGGAACACCACAUCGAAGGCUUCGACGCCCCCUCGUUCUUUAUCGUGCACGACUACGAUUCAUCAGGUUUCUGGACACAUGACGAAGUGCGCAAGACAUAUGGUAUCGACGACGAAUCCAAUUCCGAUAAGAGUGAAGCUCGCAAGCAGGAUGCCGUACAAUCAGUGUUUGAUAUCUUCGAUUCUGGAAACACUGGGUUCAUUACCAAGGAGGACUGGCUACAGGGCAUCGCUGCUGGUAAACGCUUGCCCGAUGUCGGUUUUGGUCCUGGGCACCAUGGCGAUAUGGAAUACGAAUAUGAGAUUCACCACUUCGAGAAGUUCCAUGGCGAUGAUACUACCGAGGAGGAUUUGAUCCACCCUCAGGACAUUGAACAUUUCCGCAGGCAUGACGAGGAAGAAGCUGCUGCUCUUCGUCUGGAGAAGCUGGAGGCCAUGCAGAUUAUUUUGAACAAUAUUCCCCAGAAGUUUCGCCGGAAUUUCUAG